AUGGAGGACGAGAAGCUUCGCUACAGGCGGAAGCUUCUGGUCCCCAUUGUGUUUAUCACGUAUGUGAUCACGAAAGCCUUGGAUCGGAUUUUCAUAUACCGAGUGCAGAAGUCCAUGGCCCACUACAGCACGAUCCUCAUGAGCAUUUACUGGCCUCCGGGCAUUUGCUUGGCAUGCUUUUGCUUUCUCUUUCUCCUGAACGGAGCGAAGAGCCUCCUCGGAAUGACGGGGAGAGAUGAGAAGCGAGCGUUUCAGCCACUGGGACUCGGGUGGUUCUCGCCCGUCAGCGACUUUGCUUCAGCGCAGGGUCGCGUGCCGCAGCAGUGGUUUGCCCUGAUCGGCUUUUUGGAUCAGAUCAACGCCACCUUUUCGGCGCCCCCGUCAGUAUACAUCCCAGUGGUCUUGCAGACGCCGCUGAAUAAUCUAGUGGUUGGUUGGGUGAUGCUUAUUUCCCUCGUCUAUCUGAAGAUGUCAUUCAGGGCGGUCCACUACGCGGGGGUGGCUCUGAUUUUGUGCUCUUGCAUCGUUGGUGAGCUGGUUGAGCUACAGGGGCCACCCGAUCUGGUUUGUGAUGGCCUUGACACUGCCAGAGGGAUUUUCGAAGAUGAAAGCUUGCCAAUCCCGCAGAAAGCAAGAUGGACCGUUGGCAAUGCUACUGAAAAGUGCGUGCGAGGUUUGCCCCCAUAUAAGGGUGCCGAUGGGCGAACGAUUUAUGUGCCUUUUGGCACCGUAGCCUCGAUGUAUUUGCUCUUCAUUGGCACCGUGAUUCCCUAUGCCUUCGUGUACGUGUACAAGCACAAGAAGCUAAAGCAAGUGAACUUGGAUGUGGCCUGGGCCUUUUUCUGGCAGAGUGCUUGGCAGGUUCUCUGGGGCCUGUUGUUCAUCCCGGCAUGCUGGAUCCCGUGGCCCACGCCCAGUGGCCGCAACGAGGCCUCCUUCUCCACCUUCGGCAAGGACCUUGCCGAUUCCUGGACGUGCUUCAUGGGCCAGAACCCGAAUCCAAACAUCACUUCCUGCUCUGCGGAGCCCGCCUGGGCCUGGUUUAGCAUCUACCUGCUCUUCAAUGUCUUCUUCAACCUUUGCCUCAUGUGGCUCAUCAAGCGCAUGUCCAGCACUUGGGCCGCCGUCGGUGCCAUCCUUUGUGGGAACCUCGGUGGCUUCUUCAGCCAAUUUGAGGUCUUCGGCGGCAAGUCAGCGCAACCGCUCUCCAUGGAGCAGUGGAUGGCGCUCAUCCUGUCUUCAAUCGCCAUGUGGGUCUACAACAUCGAGGAGGAAGUCGAUGUGACUGGCCGAUCUGUCUACAGAGAAAUGACGCUGGGCGACCACCGCUACGAUACAAGAGGAGACAUGGGCCUCGACCCUGACUCGGACGGAUUCCAGUCCGACGGCGAGCCCACGGCGGAGGACCACACGACACUAUGA